AUGCCUAUAAUCGCCCAUCAUUUACCCCACCAGAUUCGUAUUUCAGCGGUAAUUGUUCCAAAACCAAUAAAAGGUCUAGAAUUGGGGAAAAAAGAGGAAAAACUUGGUAUACGGGGUUCCUCCACUUGCUUAUUAAUGUUCGAUGAAUGCCAAAUCCCCAGAGAAAAUUUACUUGGUGAAUUAGGAUUCGGCUUUAAGAUCGCAAUGAUGACUUUAGAUGCUGGGCGAAUAGGUAUUGCCAGUCAAGCGUUGGGAAUUGCUCAGGCAUCACUAGAAUGCGCCGUCGAGUAUGCAUCAAAACGUCUAGCGUUUGGAAAGUCUAUUUUAAAAUUACAAACAAUCCAAAAUAAACUGGCAGAUAUGGCUGUACAAUUAGAAUCAGCAAGAUUAUUAACGUGGAAAGCUGCAUGGUUAAAAGACAAUAAUAAACCCUACACCAAAGAAGCCGCUAUGGCCAAACUUGCUGCCAGCGAAGCAGCUACUUUUUUGAGUCAUCAAUGUAUACAGAUAUUAGGAGGAAUGGGAUAUGUGUCAGAUAUGCCAGCAGAACGUCAUUACAGAGAUGCGAGGAUAACAGAAAUAUACGAAGGUACUUCCGAAAUUCAAAGACUGGUUAUUGCAAAUAGCAUUAUAAAAGAAAUGACAAAUUAAUUACACCUACAUGUAUAUCUUUCUUGAAAAAAAAUUUAGUAUUAUAUAGCGCAUAUGUAUCUAAAAUAAGAUCGAAUAUGUUGUAAGAGAUCGUUCAAGUAUUACAAAAGCAUAUUUUUAUUGAUUUUCAAUAUCCGGUGCCAUUUCGCGUGUUCUACUUUGGGGGUUGUCUUCUACAAAGUCUAGAAAUAAAUUGAAACGUUGGUGUAAUUCGAUUGCUUGAGUAAGUCUCUUGCUCGGUUUCCAUCCUCCUCUAUUCCCUCCUAAAUGGCCCCUUAUAUCGGCAAUUUCCGAUAAUAUAACAAUAACAAAUUGACCGUGAAAAGAGGGAUCAUAUUGUUCCAAUACGUUUUUCUCGAAAACGGUGAACUGUCGAACGUACAAACAUUUACUUAAUUUCUUGUUUUGUAGAGUCGUAUUACUUUCUGUAAGUUCCGCAUUUUUUUCAGUUGAUGAGGUAGGUUUGAAGAACCAGUUUAUAAAGUUACUUUUAUGAUGAUUGUGGUGAUAGUAGUGUCCAAGAAAAUGCAAUUAUUAUUCUGAAUUUCGUAUGUAAAUUGAAGUUACUGAUGGUUACUAUUGAAAACAUUCAAAAUAUCCUCAAUUGACUUGGAUGGUGCACAUAGGAUUGUAUCAUCAUCAUACCCAUAAUAGAACAAAGGAGUGCAAUUGAACUUAGUAUUUAAUGCUUAUAAGAAUUAAUUCUCUAAAUCACUCGUCACAUCAGCAUAUAAAGGGGAUGUAGGUGAGCCUAUUGAUGUACCCUAAGUUUUUUUAUAAAAAUGUAGAGAAUGUAUCAUUGGAAAGGAAUUUAGUGAUGUGUAUAAUGUCAUUAAACAGUAAUUUCUAAUUUUGGAUGAUAUUACAGGACCUUCUAUUCAAACCUUCCAAAAUAAGUUUAAUGGAAUUAGUAAAUGACGUAACAACCAGAGACAUAAGGCAAAAAAUCAAAACAUGUUUCUCAUUUAAAGUUAUUAAUUACUUUGUACUUUUUAUCUGUCUGUUCCCCUCCGCUCUUAUUCUGUCAGUAAAAAUAAAAAAAAAAUUGAACUCUUCCAUCCCUACGCCUGCUUAUGUAAUACUUGAAUGCCCCAUAAAGCAAUUUAUUUUUGUACCUAAUAAAUAUACCACCCCGCUAGGCUCGAAUUAUGACUUAUAACUAGGUACAUAUAAAUAUAUUCUUGUAACUUGUAUAUAUAUUCUAGAAACAUCGCAAAACCACUUUUUUAACAUUUUAUUGUGCCUUAAGAAUGUACUAUAAAACGACCUCCAGCGCUCAAGUUAGUAUUGUACAAUUUGAACAAGAAGUUUUGCACGAAACCUCUAGAAUGUUACAUCAAAUUACUUUGUAAUCAUGUUAAAUUAUAUUUUAAUCAUGCUAAUUAAGAUUAAAUCAUAACUGAUACUAAGAAAAAUGCGGCAAAGUUUACCUUUUUGCAUUUAUAUUUGCAUGUUUAGGUACUCAUACUUUGUUACUUUUGUACAACUAACUACAGCAUAUGAGAAAUAUAUUGUGUAAAUAGGUCUAAUUGUAAAAAGGUGAAACAUUUAUUUAAUAAAAUUGCCACCCUUAGGGAUAACGUUUACAUAGAAACAUUAUGUUAAGGAAAGAUAAAAGUGGAGCAAAUGCUAAUAAAUAUUGAUUUUUGAACCCUUAA